GGGGCGUGGCUCACAAAAACCUGACUAAGUUUAUGGGUUCGUGAGAACGCUCAGGAAAACGGAAUUCUUUACAACCAAAAUGCGUGUGGUAUGAGGUCUUUACUGUUUUCUAACAAUCUAACAAGUAAAAUAAGUUUAUUAUGUACACACACACACGCACACACACCAUCCUUCUCUGUAGCCUCUCCUCUCAUCUCGUCCUACACGUCAAUUGAGUGCGUGCCCGAACCAAACUGACCGGGCUUCAUUCCUGGAGACACUUAACAGAUGUAGAAGAAAGGGGUGGCAUCACAAGCAGAUGAGCUUCAGAGCUAGUUUGAGCUCCAAAGACAGCUCCACUGCGCACGAUGGUCUCACUGUUUCCGCUCUUUGCGCAGUGAAGUCAACAGUAGAAUGUUGGAUCUUUGACAAUUAUACAACUAAGUCAAACUAGUCUGUCUGUGGCGAAAGGGAAAACAGUACAACCAUGAGGGACCGCUUAAGCAACCUCCAGGAGAUCCAGUCCAAUGGGCACGUGGAGCAGAUGGAGUAUGCCGAAUCUGUCACCUCGGAUGCUUUCAGCAACGUGGAUCUGGAGGAAGAGCUGCCCCAUGAGGCCAUAGUGUACGACAACAGCCCUGCCCUGUCCGAAGUCUUCUCCCAAUCCCAGGAUAUCCACAGAGACAUCCAGCUUAUCCGCCUGGAAGUGAAGCGACUCCGGGAGCAGAAUUCACGAAUCCUCCAGGGCACCUCCACUAUGAGCAUAAUCAAAAGAGACUCCAACGCCAUAGGGGCUGAUAUUAAAGCUAAAGCUGAGAAAGUACUAUCCUGUCUACAAGCUAUGGAUGGAACAGCACACAAGUUGGAAGAGCAGUAUGGAGCAAACUCUGCAGUCACCAGAAUCGCGAGAACCCAGUAUGCCUGUCUUAGCAAUGGCUUUCGUGAUGCCAUGUUCGACUACAACGAAGCAGAAAUGAGUCAUAGGGAAAACUGCAAAGCUCAGAUUCAAAGGCAGAUGGAGAUAGUAGGGCGUGAGGUCACGGGCGACGAAGUGGAGGAGAUGAUCGAGUCAGGACAGUGGAACAUCUUCACCGACAAUCUUCUCAGUGAAGGUAAGACGGCCCGCUCAGCUCUGUCCCAAAUCGAGAAGCGACACCAGGAGUUGGUGGAUCUAGAGAAGAGAAUUCAAGGCAUACAUGAGAUUUUUCUAGACAUUGCCCUGCUAGUAGAAGAGCAGGGGCCAAUGAUCACCUCCAUCCAAACUAAUGUGCAGAAAACUGAUGAGCACAUACAAGUGGCAUUAGUUAAACUGGGACGUGCCAAGAAACAUGACAGGAACAACCCAUUUAAAAAGAUGUUCUGCGGCUGCUUUCCAUGCUUCAACUCAUAAUACACUAUGGAAGCUUAUGAAAAUAGCCUCUUUUGUUGUUGAACUUUAAGUGGAAUGAUUUUAUUUGGAGUAAAAGUUUUAUUACAGAUGCCCAACCUUAUGCAACUUUCUUAAUACAAGCAUGAACAAAUAGUAGUGCACUGGCUUGUGUCUUAUUGUGGAUUAAAAACGUACUCUCCUUAUCUAACAGUAAAGGAAUGCCACCUAAAAAUGUGAUUAUAGUUUCUCAUAAUAAAUUGCACACGUUCAUUGAUUUGAGACAGACAUGUGCCUUUCUUGUACACUAAAAUGCCACGGAAUAAUAAUUUAUGUAAAGUGCAAUAUAACAUUUAUUAAAUUAUUUGCUUACUUUGAAAACAAUAUAUUUUAUUUGUAGUGAAGGAAAAUAUUUUAGAGCAUUGUAAAAAAAAAAAAGCAUGUAAAUGUUGCAUUUUAUUGUGUCAUGCAUACAUAAAUAAAAAUACUGCAAUAUUGCU